AUGGGAGACUGUGUUGGUCGUGCGGGGAACAGUUCAACCGCGUCGCCACUGAUCGUACUGCCGAACGGGGUAGUUCUGAACCGCCGGCCGAAGUCGGACUCCCGGAGUGCACUAGAGGAGUGUCUGCUGUGCUGGAACCAACCGCGUGAUCCUAGCCGCUGUCCGAGCUGCGCCCGCCAGUACUGCCUGCAGUGCAUCACCAAGUGGUUCGGCGCGAAGCGGGUCCACGCUGGCACCGUCCAGUGUCCAAACUGUCGGGCCACACUGUCCCUCGAUGGGCUCGUCCAAUGCUCGGCCGACGUGGAUGAGAGCGCCCAGCAUGCCGACGACGGUGUCGCGGGUGAGCUGAUCACGACGAAUGGACAUGACAUUGGUACAGCCAGUACAAGUGGCACCGGAGGACCCCGCGGAACCGGUGCAAAGGUACCGGUGCUGCCUGUAGAGACUGGCACAAUUCGGGUGGUGGUGAAGGUGCUCGAAAGUGAUGUGAACAUAGUGCCACCGUCAAGCGGGCAUUGGCCUUCACCGGCAAAGGGUCGGCUCACGAACGGAUCCGUAACGCGAGAGGAUCUAGAGGACGGGCAGAAGGAGUCUGUCCGUAUGGCGAAUGGUUGCGGUGCUGAAACGAUGCACCCGGAAGCCUCACAAAAUGGCAACCAACACGGUGGCAAACGAAAAGACCACAUCCCGGGUAGCAAGGCACAGGUGACGCUUACGAACGGGGAUGGAAAUGGGGUGGCAGAGGAGCACAUCAUCGAAAGAACUGUCAAACAAGAUCUAAAACAAGACGGACCGAUCCAGAAUGGAAGCACUGAACCACCACCUGCAACCUGCAAUGGUGUACAUCUGGAAGAUGUUCCUUCGUCAAAUGGACGUAAAAACAAUGGCAAGCAUACCGUCACGUUUGAGGAACCCAAGGUCCCUCGAAGGAAUGGCUAUCGAAACCGUAGUCGACAGGAAUCUAGCGAAAAGCGCAAAGGCAUCAUUGCUGAGAAGGAACCAUCUCCUCCAGAACGGAACGAUGGAACGGAACCAGCUAGCGCGGAUGCUAUGGCGGAUGAAACAACGAAAGAUCAAGAGCUGGUUCUACCUAGACAGAAUGGCUCGCCGGUGGUGGUCGUGGGAGACUGCGAGAAUGUUUGUCCACUGCAUACCCUACCCGUGCUGUUCUUCUGCCUUUCGUGUAAUGGGUGCAUCUGCGAGACGUGCGCCCUGCACGACGACACGCACGCCGAGCACACGUUCAAGAAGAUCACCACCGUGUACGACAGCAAGGUGGAAAAGAUCCGCCACGAGUUCGGCGGCAUCCGGGAGUACCUGACCGAUGUCGGGACGGUGCUGCGGGCCAUCGAGCAGAACAUCGACUGGGUGCGGGCGUCCAAGGCGCGCAAACUGCAGGAGCUUAGCCAGCUGCUGCACACCGAGGCCGAGAACAUCGAGCGCCAGAUUCAGGGCAAGCUGACGUUGCUGCAGCGCCAGAAGGACACGGUGGCGGCGGAGAUUGCUCGGGUGACCGGAGCCUACCGGCGGCUCGAGAGUGAGCUGCAGUCCUGCCCGAAGCCGGAGUUACUCUUUAAGGAUGGUGACUUCCUGCAGCGCUGUAGUCGGCUGAUCGAGACGCCCGCGGCCAAAGCUUUCCGCCACGAUCACGUGCCGGUCGAUCUAGACUGUGAGUUUGUGCCCGAGUUCCGGUCCGAGGUGUUCGUGAUCAAGAACUAUCACGCGAUCGAACCCAUGGAAGAGUGUCGUACCUCGGACGUGCUGCACGAUGUGGUUGGAUUCGGUUGGCGGUUGCACAUCUGGAAAAGCGAUCACCUAUCGGUGACGCUGAUCAUGACUGAAGGCGUCAUCGGAAGAUAUGAAUAUUGUAUCGAGCUGAUGCACGACGAUCCGGCCAAAGCGAUACGCCUGACGCAGAUCGAUCACUUUGAACUGCAUCAGACCGGGCCGGUGCACGAUUUGAUUGAGAACGAGCAGCUCGAGGUGGAAGGCUUCCUGAACCAGGAAGACGAUUCGUUGCAGAUCAAAUUUUCCGUACGACCCCCGACGAUCGUCAUGGUUAGCCGCUAUCAGCAGGAAUUUAUCGAUCGCUUCAUGAAGGACAAUAUCAACGAAUACGACAGCAAUGUUAUCACAAUCUGCAACAUCCGUGAUCCCACGACGUCGAUCGUACUGUCGAAGCAGUACACCGACACGGUCGGGUCCCGGUGGCGACUGAACGUGUACCCGAAAGGCAACAACACCAACCAGCGAUACCUCAGCACGUACGUGGAGCUGUGUGACGGUAUCGCGGGCAGGUACCAGUACACGGUGGAGUUACUGCACGAUGACGUGACGCGCCAGGUAAAGUUCCAGUCGGAGGAUCACUUCCAGGUGGGCGAAAUACGGGGCUACCAGAAGUUCAUCCGGGUCCGGAGACUGCUGGAGGAAGGUUACCUCAGAGAGGAUGGUUCCAUACUGAUACGUCUCUCGAUUCGGCCGGCCAACCUGGCCCUACGGUGCCAGUACCAGGAGGAGUAUCAGACGCUCAAGGAAGAUAAGUUACGCACUCAGUUCAAUAGCCAACUGAGCCAACAUCUGGCAAAGGUAAAGAGCCUGCGAGAUGACAACGCAUCCCUGCACUCACUCGCUUAUCCGGACUAUACGUCGAACAUUUUCGUCGUGCGCAACUUCACCGCCCUCCGGCAGGCGCAGGAGGACAUCUGCUCGGACAACGCGUACGACGAUCUCGGCUGCUGCUGGCGGCUGAUCGUGUACGCCAACGGUGACAAGGACGGCCGGGACGAGUGGCUGAGCGUGUACCUGAGACUGCUAGAAGGCAUUCCGGGAAGUUACGAGUACUGCGUCGAGCUGUUGCACAACGAUGCGGCCAAAACGGUCAAAAUGGAGGGCACGCAGUCCUUCGACAUUCAGGAGCGGUUCGGCUGGACCCGGUUCGCCCGGCUGGACUGGAUCUGCGCGAACGGUUUCGUCAACGAGGAGCACGAUGCGCUAUACUUUCGAUUUUCCCUACGGCCCCCGAACUUCAAGGCAAAGUGCGAGUACCAGCAGCUUCUGCGGCUCGAGGCGAAGCGGGAGUGUGAGCUACUGAAGCGAGAACUGAUACCGGCAUACAGCACGAUGACCUACACGCUGCGCAACUUCUCCGAGAUGCAACGCAAGGAUAGCUUCGUCUACUCGGACCCACUGGUCGACGAUUUGGGCUUCACCUGGCGGCUGCUGAUCUACGCCAACGGGCACAACGAGGCCCGGGGCGAUCAUCUCAGCGUCUAUCUGAUCCUCUUCGAGGGUGUUUCAGCCAGCAGGUUCGAGUACCGCGUGGAGCUACUUCACCAUCGCAACCCAACCGCCAACAUCAAGAUGGAGGGCGUCAACGUGUUCAAGCUGAAGAAGAUCUGGGGCUGGCCACAGUUCAUGCACCACGAGAGACUGCAGGAGGAGGGCUACCUCGACCAGGCGACCGAUACGCUCGAGUUCCGGCUGUCGAUGUGCCCGCCGGACAUCAAGCUGAAGUGCGAAUACCAACAGGAGUUCAUACGCAAGCUGAAGGAAAAUCAGAAAUAG